AUGAAGGCUAUGGGGCUUGCGCCUGAUCUACCUGAGGACCUGUACUACCUGAUCAAAAAGGCCGUGGCAAUGAGGAAGCACUUAGAAAGGAACAGGAAGGAUAAGGACAGCAAAUUCAGACUCAUGCUUGUUGAAUCCAGAAUUCACAGGCUGACCCGUUACUACAAAACAAAGAGUGUGCUCCCUCCCAACUGGAAAUAUGAGUCAAGCACUGCAUCUGCUUUGGUGGCUUAA